ACACACAAACACAAUCAAAGCGCUGUAUUUAUAUAUAAUUAUAUAUCAGUUUCGGCAUUGAAGAAGAAGAAUUGAGAGAAGGAAGGCGGAAGGAUGUUUUAUUCGCAGACGUUCUUGGCUCGGAAGGGCCCACUGGGAACCGUCUGGUGCGCGGCCCACCUCCAGAGCCGGCUGAAGAAGUCCCACUAUACUUCCACCGACAUCCCCUCCACCGUUGAUCGCAUCAUGUUUCCGGAUGUUCCUAUUGCACUGAGAAUGUCAGGACACCUUUUAUUUGGCGUUGUUCGGAUAUACUCCAAGCAGGUCGACUAUCUUUACCAGGACUGUAAUGUUGUUUUGACUACCCUAAGAAAGACUUUUGCUUCCAUAGACUUGAAUUUGCCAGAGAAUGCAAUGCAAGCUCCAGUUCAGUCCAUCACUUUGCCGGAAACAUUUGACCUUGAUGCUUUGGAUUUGGAUGGAGGCGUGUUCGGUGAGGGGGCUUAUGAUAAUCAUCACGCGAGUCAGGAGGACAUCACACUACCAGAUCAAAUUCCUAUUGCAACAGACCGUUAUGUCACUAUAACUUUUGACGAGGAUAUCCAGAACGAAGUUUUUGGUUCAGAUGUUGCUCCCAUGGAUGAGGACAUCCACUCUACAACUCCAGGCGAGGGUGUUCCUAGUGAUCGCUUCACCCCUCCAAAUAAAGAAGCUGGAGUUAUUCAAGACGCUCUUCCUGACAACAGUUCCCUUCAGUAUGUUCAACCAACGGAAGUUCUGCAAGAUGAUGCUCAUCUUCCAGAUGACGGUUCCCCUCAACAUGUUCAACCAAUGGAAGUUAUGCGAGAUGCUGUUCCUCCAGAAAUUGUUCCUAUGGUUGCUCUCAAUAACGGCAAUGAUCUUACUGAACCUGACAAAUCUAUUAACCCAGAAAUGAAUGAGAAAGAAGUACUUUCUCCAAUUACAGAGGAGAAUACUCCUUCUGGUGGGCCAUCUCCAUUGUCCCUGCCAAGUUCAGGACCACGAGCUUCUGUUGCUUCUUUGCCAGAAAUGAAUGAGAAAGAUGUUUCCUUUCAAAUGCAAUCAACACCACAUGUUGAGCAACCAAGAGCAAGAGCAAGGAAGAGAAAGCAGUAUUUUGAUGAGACCCUUGUGUUAUCCAAUGAGUUUAUGAAUAGGACUAUUCAAGAUGCUAGUGAUUUAAAGCGUAAAAAGAGGAAUAUUGCCUACUCUACUUUGGGUGUUUGGAAGUUGAACAACAGUCUAAGAAAGGAACAAAUAUUUUUCCAGCCUUCAUUAACUGGAUUGUGUUCGGAUCUUCGUAACAUUUUUGACAAGGACUAUAUAUCCAAACAGUCCCAUUUGGUUGAGGGAGCUCUUCCAGUCUCUGGAUCUGCAACAUCUCCUCCUACAACUGAAUUCUCCCCAGAGCGCGGUGUUCCACCAUCUCUUCCAGUCAUUGAAGUUUCCACAGAGUUUAAUGGCGCAGAAUCUCCCCCAACAAUUGAACAUUUUCAGCAUGUUGAAGAACAUGAUGGUGGAAAUAACUUACCAGAGCAUGAGGGUGCACAAUCUCCGCCACAAAUUGAACGUUUUCAACAUGUUGAAGAACAUGAUGGUGGAAAUAACUUACCAGAGUAUGAGGGUGCACAAUCUCCUACCACUCAAUAUGACUUUAUUCCUGCUCCGUCUCCAAACUUAAUGUCAGCUUCAGUCCCUCCAUUGGAAGCAAGCACUGGAACUCAAAUACUGCUGACACCGGAUCAAACAGCAUCGACUAGAUUUCGCGAAUCUGUAAAUGAAACAUCAAAGACAAUGUUUGAGGAGUGGGUAGGUCUGGAGAACACUGGUCUAUCAAAUAAUCCUGAGUUCAACGAUUCUGCUGAAGCAGUAAGUUAUUUAGUAUUUGGUCCUAUUUGUGUUUUGUGUAAAUUGUGUUUGGCUUUGAUAUCAAUUUGCCUUGUUUUACUGUUUAUUGCCAAUAUGUUGGAAGCCUUAAGUUCUCCUUUAUGUUUGCGUGAGAUGCAUUUAAGGUUUAAGGCUCAGGGGAACUUAAUAGAGAACCUAAGGCUUGUAAAAACAGCUCAUGUUAUUGCGCACAGUUCAUUAUACUGAGCUCUAUAAAUGCUUUGCUUAGCCUUGAAUAAUAAAUUUUACAAAAACUAUAGGCAACUAUUGUAUCAACAAGAAAAGUAUUCCACUCAUAUAUAUAGUAAAAUGUGAGUAUGAUCUAUUUGGAACGGAAGAUAAAAAGGACAAUUAGCAUCUCUCAUAUUACUUAAUGAAUUCUCUUGAAAUAUUGAAAUGCCUUAAAAAAUCAUCAACCAAAAAUAUUGAAAAUUUCUGUAUUUCGAUUAGUUUUACAUAAGCUUUAUGUGAUUUUGCAACAAAAAAGAUCAAUGUAUGAGCCACAUUUCUUAAUUACUUGUCAAGCUAAAGACAAAUUGAUGUAAAACAGUAAAAGCAUGGUACUAGUUGCCAGACCGGAAACAAAGAUAAAAUGAGAUACAACUCCUUUAAUGAAUAUUACCUCAUAAUCGAUCUGAAAGGUUUUAAUAAAACUUCUGUUUUUUUUACCAAAAAAAAAAAAAUGAAAUACAAAAACUACGAAUGCAUGUCACCCAACACAUAAGCAAAGUACUAAAACGAGGGCAAGACUAGUAUUUAUUUUUAAUUACCAUGCACUUCAUUUAGAGGACCAGAUUUUUAUUUACAGACUAUAUGUGCUCUAUAUUUUGGCGUGGGAUGGGCAUGUCCCCAUUAUUCUCCCUAUAGCCUUUUAUUUGGAGUCUCAAGUAUAUAAUCUUAUUCUUAUUUUUAUGAUAAUCUAACUCCUAACCCUCGUUCAUUUUGACCUUCUUUUCCUUGUGGACUAAUUGUAGAAGUUGAACUGUUCUUCUUACCUUUAUAUAGGAUUAUACACUUUCGACCUGCCAUGCAUUAUGUGAUGUUACAAUUGUCAUAAUCUAUCAUUCAUAAUAUACCAUGAGAGACUUACUUUUUAUUGUGAAACCCCUUUCGAUGAACCAGUUAACUCCAUGUAUUAGUGCAUAACUCCACUUUUUCCCGUCUGAACAGUUAACUAAUAAUUAACAUUCUAACUUGUUGAAAUGUUCAUUGUAGGGUCUUUUCCUAGAAGCAGAUGGCAAUACACCAGCUGGAUCUCAAGCGACACAAGGAAUACCGGGAUCUCAAGGGACACAAGGAGUUGAUUCAUUGUCAGUUAGAACCAGGGCUGUGGCUCAAUUUUUGAAAAGGGAAUCUUCUAUCACCUCAACUUCAGAAGACGUCACUGGAGAUCUCAGCUUGGACAAAAUUUUAGAAGGAAAAACUAGAAAGCUAUGUGCCCGAAUGUUCUAUGAAACACUGGUUUUGAAGACUUAUGGUCUUGUUGAUGUAAAACAAGAAGUACCUUAUGGUGACAUUAUCUUGACAUUGAACCAAACCCUAUCAAAAGCUCAAAUUUAAAAAGAGGAUAUGAGGGAUUGGGUGAAAGGACAUGGAGGGAAUGCAGUUGAGUUUGUACAGAAGUUGCAGUGGAGUUUAUAAUUUUUGACCUCAGAGAAGUGUUAGUAGAGUCCACAUGUGUAUAACUAGCAGAGGAGGUUGUGAUGUAAAUUACGUUACUCUGCUCAUAGCUUGAGCAUUAAGUUAACUAUCUAUAAAUUGCAAUAAUUUACAUGUUGUA